AUGAACAAAGCAGUUGAUAUAUUAUCUAGGCCCCCUGAAGGCUCCUUACUAGCCAUAAUAGCUAGUAAAUUGGAUUGGGUAGAUGCAGUUCGUGAGGCUACCAAGACACACCCUGAAAUGGUUGCCAUCAGACAAGGAAUUGAUUUGCAAUCUGAGAAUUAUGUUGACUCUAUGAAGGACAAUAAUAGAAGUCCCGCUGGCCUCUUACAACCAUUACCCAUUCCAAAUGUGGUUUUUGAAGAAAUCGCAAUGGAUUUCAUUACUUGUCUUCCUAGUUCUAAGGGAAAGGCCACAAUAAUGACAAUGGUGGAUCCUUUGUCCAAAUAUGGCCAUUUCAUUCCUUUGUUGGCCACUUUAACGGCCCAUUCUGUUGCCAUAGCUUUUGCAGCACAUGUUAUUAAGCUACAUGGUCUUACUCCCUUUCAAGUAUUAUAUGGAAGGGAACCUCCUUCUGUAUCUCGCUACAUCUUCGGUACUGCUACAGAUGAUUUGGUUAAGAAAUACAUGCUUAGAAGGGAUGAAGUGUUGACCGUGCUAAAAGAGAAUCUGCAACGAGCCCAAAUUCGUAUGAAAACCUAUGCUGAUGCACACCUGACUGAUCUGCAGUUGGAUGUUGGUGAUUGGGCUUUUGUAAAGCUCAAACCUUACCGGAGGUAUUUUGGUCCUAAUUUAGUGGUUAAAAGAAUUGGUUAUGUGGCCUAUAAACUUGAUCUUCCAGCUGAUGUGCGCAUUCAUCCAGUCUUUCACAUAUCUAUGCUUAAGAAGUGCAUUGGGACUCCAACUGAACAAGUAACUCCAUUAAUUCCAAUGUCAACAGAAGAACAACUACCUCUGAACCUUGAGGACCAGGUUCUCAUUGGGGAGGAAAGUAUUGUGAUGAAUCCAUUGGAUUAA